CCUCAGGACAAAUAACACAGGGAGCAGGCGUGUCAUGGCUGCUGUGUUGUUAUUGGGCAGAUCAUCAUCACAUCCCGCACGCCAGCAUCAAAGUGUCGGCACGGCUCGGCUCUGUCCGCCGGCCAGCUCCGGUCCCUAAACCUGACCGUCCUCAGCCGGGAGACAAGCAGCGGAGACCCGUGCAUAAGGAGCCGGAGAGAAGGCUGCACCGAGCAGGAAGCACCGAGCAGGAAGUGUGGAGGAGGUCCGGAGAGCACAAGAGGACUAAUCUGAAGCCCCCCCACCCCCCCAGCAGCCAUGUCUAACGAACGCACCCCUCUGAUCCCCUCGGGGGUGUGCGGCCUCUCUGUAACCGCGGUGACAUGCGGCGCGGUGACAUGCGACGGAUCGCCAGACGCCAUCCCAGAGUCCGGCUCGGAGACUCCAACCAAAGACCCCCGACAACUGAACACCUUCUUCGGGGUGAUGGUGCCGACCAUCCUGUCCAUGUUCAGCAUUGUGUUGUUUCUCAGAACGGGGUUUGUGGUUGGUCAUGCUGGGCUGCUACAGGGUCUCCUGAUGGUUUUCGUAGCCUACACCAUCAUCUCUCUUACGAUACUGUCCAUCUGUGCCAUUUCCACCAAUGGUGCAAUACAAGGCGGUGGAGCCUACUACAUGAUCAGUCGCUCUCUGGGCCCGGAGUUCGGAGGAAGCAUUGGUUUGAUGUUCUUCCUGGCCAAAGUGUGUGCAUGUGGGGAGUAUGUUCUCGGCCUCGUGGAGGCCAUACUUGACUUAUUCGGUGCAGAUCCUGAAGCGUCUGUGUCCGAGGGGAUCCACGUGCUCCCUCAGGGUUACUGGUACACGGUGCUCUACUCCUCCGUGGUCCUCCUGCUGUGUCUGCUCGUCUGUCUGGUGGGCGCCAACAUCUACUGCCGCACCGCCUUCGCCAUCCUGCUGGUGGUCACCGUGUCCCUGCUGUCUGUCUUCAUCAGUUCCGUGACGGUCAAACCUCGGGACUUCGUCAUCACCCACCCGGGACCCGGCAACCAGACGCUUCGCUACAACGCCAGCUACACAGGCUUCAGUGUGACCACGCUGAGGAACAACCUGGGCUCUGGUUACUCUUUGGACUACAGCACCAACUCCGUCAUGUCUUUCGCCACCGUGUUUGCCGUCAUGUUCACCAGCUGCACCGGGAUCAUGGCCGGAGCCAACAUGUCAGGGGAGCUCAAGGCUCCGAGUGUCUCCAUCCCUAAAGGCACCAUCGUCGCUGUUUUUUACACGUUCACCGUCUACGUCCUCCUCUUCCUCCUGGUCAGCGCCACCUGUGACAGGACCCUGUUGAUUCAGGAUUAUGGGUUCUUCCAGCGCAUCAGCUUCUGGCCACCGCUUGUGACUAUUGGGAUCUACUGCGCCUCUCUGUCAGCUGCAAUGUGCUCAAUGAUCGGGGCGUCUCGUAUCCUCCAUGCUCUCGCCGUGGAUCAACUCUUUGGUCUUCCAUUAGCCCCAGCAACCAUCACAACAGCCUCUGGGAAUCCAUGGGUGGCAGUGCUAUACACGUGGGGUCUGGCCCAGUGUGUCGUGUUUGCAGGUCAGCUCAAUAAUGUGGCAAGUUUGGUGACUGUUUUCUACCUGCUCGCCUUCGCUGCAGUUGACCUGGCCUGUCUGGCCCUGGAGUGGGCGUCCGCACCAAAUUUCAGGCCGACCUUCCAGCUCUUCUCGUGGCACACCUGCCUGCUGGGCAUCGUGAGCUGUUUGGUCAUGAUGUUCGUCAUCAACCCCGUCUACUCCUCAGGCAGCAUCGUCCUCCUGCUCCUGCUGCUCCUCUUCCUCCACUACAGGUCGCCCACCAGCAGCUGGGGCUACAUCAGCCAGGCUCUCAUUUUCCAUCAGGUGCGCAAGUAUCUGUUGAUGCUCGACGUGAGAAAGGACCACGUGAAGUUCUGGCGGCCUCAGGUGCUGCUGAUGGUGGCCAACCCUCGCUCUUCCUGUCAGCUCAUCCUGUUCGUUAACCAGCUGAAGAAGGGAGGGCUGUAUGUGCUGGGCCAUGUGCAGCUGGGGGAUCUGGACUCGCUGCCGUCAGACCCGGUCCAGCAGCAGUAUAACUUCUGGUUGAGCCUCGUUGAUAAACUCGGGGUGAAGGCGUUCGUUGAUCUGACGCUGUCUCCCUCCGUCAGACAGGGAACCCAGCAUCUGCUGCGCAUCACAGGUUUAGGUGGCAUGAAGCCCAACAUGCUGAUUUUGGGUUUCUAUGACAGCUGCACUCCUGAAGACUUCUUUCUACAAGAUUCUGCAUUCUAUGACUCAUCAAUAGGACGGAGUAAAGACGGAGAAUAUAAUUUUGGUGUUGACCUGCCUUCGCUGCAGGCUCAUUUCCCCCCUGUCCGACACGUUGAGAGCCCACGCUGGCUGUCGCCAGAAGAGUACGUCGGGAUCAUUUCGGACGCCAUUAAGAUGAACAAGAACGUGUGCCUCGGCCGCUAUUUCUUCCAGUUAGAAGGAGAGGGUCAAGACAGCAAGGUCGACGGAUCAGAGCGGACGAUAGACGUGUGGCCUCUCAACCUGCUCCAGCCCGGCAGCCGAGAUUACGAGGACGUGUGCAGCCUCUUUCUGCUGCAGAUGGCCUGCGUGCUCAACAUGUCCAGCAAAUGGCGCCACGCGAGGAUGAGAAUCUUCCUGAACGUAGAGACGGAGUCCAGCGACCAGAGCUGGGUGGUGAACGAAGAGACGUUUCGAGAGCUGCUGAAGAAGCUGCGGAUCAGGGCGUCCAUAAAGAUUGUGCCGUGGGACUCUGUGGUGCAGCAUCACACUCAGUCAGACGUGGAGUGUUCCGCAGGGCAGACGCAAGCCCUCUCCGAGGGCUUCCUGUCGGCAGUGAACUGUAUGAUAAUGGAGCACAGCGAGCAGGCAGCUGUUCGCUUCCUGUAUUUACCUCGACCUCCCGCUUAUCGCAGCCAGUCACAGCAGUAUGUGGCUCAGCUGGAGGCAGUGACCAAUGGUUUAGGGCCAACGCUCCUGAUUCACGGCAUCACCCCGGUCACAUACACUGAUCUCUGAGCACGUGCAGUCAGGUGUAUUGUUCACGUUCCAAGAAAAUGUCCUAUUUUUCACCUACUUGAACUGGCUCAAGCCAAGAAAUGCUAUAUUUAAGCUCUCGUUACAUUAGCUCGUUACUUUAGCUUUAGGCCUGUCGUCUUGCAUACGGCAGAUAAAUAUGUGUCAAAGUCUCUUGAGAACAAAAACACUUUGUUUUGAGCAGAGACUGAAUAUAAACAAGUCUAUAUGAGAUUUCAGGGAUGAAAUUCUAAAUGAGUAGUGUUUUGUAAUUUACCAUUUAAAUCUAUGCGAAUCAGCUUCAAAGUAAUUUUCGUAUUAAUUUAUAGUAAUUGUUCUUUUAUCGAUUAUUCUUUUUUUCUUCCUUUUAUUCUAACAUUCCGGCCAAGUCGUCAAGAGUCUUUUUGUUUCUGUGCUGAGCUGCGUUCUGAUGUUUCACUCGUCUUCACAAAGGGACCUGUUGUGUACAGUUGACUUCAUCCUGAUGAUGAAUUUUGCUAUUUAAGUAAUAUUGGCGUUUGUGCUUCACAAUGCAAAUAUACACCAGAAGGGUUACACUGAGGGUCACGUUGAAGGUACUAAAAUAAUAAUUAGGAGCUUCAGUCGUGACAAUUUAGACCAAUUCUAGAUUAAACUUCUCACAUUCUGCAGCUUAUAACCACAUGGACUAUAUACAGAAUGAAAUGUUACUGCACCUUUCUCAUGUUUUUUGUGUCAUAGUGUUCAACACUGCAUGGAUCUCGAACCUUGGACAUUGAACGAAGCAGGGCACAUGAAGGUUGCUCAGAAGCAUCUUGGGUUUGCCAUUUUCACAGAUUCCAUCUCAGGUUGUGGACCUUGAGACGUCAGUCAUUGACGAGAAAGCCUUAUCGGAGCCUCACUUGUUUACUAAUGGUUUAGUUACUAACGAUCCUGUUGAGUAAAUAUAUGCCAAAUGUAUUGCGUGAUACUAUCUUUGUAACUGUAAAGUUGUUCCAGAUGAUAUGUUUAAAACAUUGCUUUACUGCGAUACAAACAAA